AUGACGAACACUGGUGCUGCAAUUCGUGUAUUGCGGUAUUUGAAGAUGUCGAAGGACAAAGGAAUUUGUUUUGAAGGUAUUUCUGAUGAUUUGCAGCUGAGUGCGUAUACGGACACAGACUGGGCAAGUAACAAGGACAACCGCAGAUCGACAUCUGGAGUUUUAGUCAUGAUCAAUGGCGCACCAGUGAUCUUUAAGUCAAAGAUGCAGCAGAGUGUGGCAUUUAGUACGGCCGAAGCCGAAUACAUGGUUCUCUCUUUGUGUGCACAGAGAGUGCUAUGGACAAAGAGUUUACUGAAGGAGAUGCAAGUGCAGAUCAACUAUGCGAUACCAAUUUACGAAUACAAUAAGAGUGCAAUUGCAAUUGCUACAAACGACGGGUAUCAAAGUCGAGCGAAGCAUAUCACCAUCAGGUACCAUUUUGUGCGCGAGCAAGUGAAAGACAAAAUCAUCGUGCUACAGUAUACUGAAACCAAGCCACAGCUGGCGGAUUUCCUCACCAAGCCGAUUUCGACAAAGAAGUUUGAUUAA